AUGAACGACAACCGUCAUUUGACAUCAGAAGUGGGAUCGGCUCCGCCAAAAGAGGACAGCUCUAGCACAUAUAGGGCAGCCUUAGAAGAGCAAAAUCGCAAUUUGAUGGAAAUAAUAAAAUCCAUGCAGGCACCAAGAGCACCGGCAAUGGAUGGGAGAGCACUCCACGUCACUCUACCCAAGUUUUGCCCUGACACUGCUGGAGCAGAUGCAUCAGCUUGGUGUACUACAGUGGACUUAAUUUUUGCGGAUAAUGCUCUCGAAGGCAGUGCGCUUGUGAUCGCGUUAAGCAAAGCAUUAGAAGGCAAUGCAUCGCAAUGGCUGUCCCAAAUAUGCUUCGCUGGCAUCACAUGGCCGCAGUUUAAGGAACUCUUCAUCCAACGUUUCGUAGGCAUCGAGACAACUUCUGCCAUACUGAUGAACAUUUUGAACGGACGACCCAAAACUGGAGAGAGUUUCGCUGAGUACGGCAGUCGCAUUGUCACCCUAUUGCUCUCUAAGUGGAAGGCAAAGAAUUUGGAGGAGAUUGCGGUAUCAGUAGCCUUAGCUCACAUGGCUCAAAUUGAUAAUAAUUUGUUGCGAUGGCUGUUUACAACGAAUGUGACGACUCGUAACGAGCUGCAGCAGCAGCUACAGGCUUACGCUUUUAAGAAGCGCAACAACGUGGAGGACGAUUAUUCGACGGGUCCGGAUAAGAAGAGAACAAGAAUGCAGUCGCAGGUGGAGUGCCAUUUUUGUGGAAAGGCUGGCCAUAAAAUGGUUGACUGCAGAUUCAGGAAACAACAGAAUCAAUUUGCGACUGAUAAAUCACGACCUGGCAAACUCGAUGGAUACCGCCGUGAAAAAUCAAAUGUAACUUGCUACACGUGCGGCGAAUUGGGUCACAUAUCUACCCAAUGUACCAAGAAGGAAGUUGAUAAGAACAAGGGAUUCAACCGGGAAAAGCGAGUGGAGCAGUGCAGCGUUGCAGUACCUAAGGGUUGCCUGAACCAUAGAGGACAAAUUUUUGAAAUCACCUUCGACUCUGGAUCGGAAUGCUCGCUGAUGAAAGAAAAGCUAAGUACCAAAUUUUCUGGAAAAAAAAAUAAAUAAUAUUGUUAUGCUAAAAGGUAUCGGUAGUAAUGGAAUAUGUAGUACUGUACAAAUAUUAAGUAACGUAAAAAUUGACGAUAAUUUUAUUGAAAUUUUGUUUCACGUAAUAGGCGAUGAUGACAUGCAAAAUGACAUUGUAAUUGGCCGUGAAAUAUUAAAUCAGGGUCUUGAUAUUGUUAUUUCAUCAAGCCAAUUUAAAAUUUCAAGGACCAAAGUAGUUAAUUUAUGUACCGGCAAUGAGCCAGCCGAUAUUAAUACUGAGCUUGAGGGACAAGAUAAAAUAAAACUACAUUCAUUGUUGGCAAAGUACUCAAAUUCAUUUAUAACUGGUAUCCCAAACACUAAAGUCGGAGUUGGCGAAAUGAAAAUUAGGUUGAUUGAUCCAACAAAAACCGUACAAAGAAGGCCAUAUCGUUUAAGUCCAUGCGAGCGAG